AUGGUGACGAGGUAUAACUUAUCAAGCAACUCUUGGGUCGACCAAACCUAUGAGUUGCGGAAUUUAUGGGCUCUUGCCUAUUUGAGGGACCAAUUUUUUGGGCGAAUUAGGACAACAUCCCAGUGUGAAGGGAUUAACUCUCUGAUAAAAGCAUAUGUGAGAAAGAAAGAUACCCUUCUUGAAUUCAUUAAUAACAUGGAGACCGUUGUUAGCCAUUACAGGAACAAUGAAAGAGUUGCAGAGUUCAAUAGUAAAUAUACCGAUCCAGUACUUGUGACUUCUUUGUCGACACUUGAAGAUUUUGCUGCAAAGACUUUCACUCGUAACAUGUUCCGGGAGGUCAGGAAGGAAAUUGAGGGUGCUUGUGCUAUGAAUACAGAGUUGGUAAUUCAGGAUGGUGGAAAACUAUACUUCAAGUGUAACAGUUUUGGAGUGCUAGAGAUUGAUCAUGUGGUUGAGUUUGACAUAGUUGGGGGGAUGCUUCGUUGUGAGUGUCUGUGGUUCGAAAAUAGAGGAAUUCCCUACAUGCACAUAUUCGCAUGCCUAAAGCACCAACACGUUGAAGUUAUUCUAGAACGCUUAGUGUGCAAGCAUUGGACGAAGAAUGUCAAGAGCGAUUUCAUGAAGUCAAACGUCGAUGAUCCAAGUGAUUCUGAUAAGGUACUAAAGUGUCGUUUGGGUGUGUUGGGUGCUGAGUGUUCUAGGUUGAUGGAUGUUGAAAGUAAGAACUCAAGUGAUUUUGUCGAAGUAAUGAAUGAUGUUGUCAACACAAUUACAAGACUCCAAAAGCAAGGUGAAAAUCCACGCAACGGUAAUUUAGAUGAUGACUACGUUGUUGACCCAUUGGUGGUAAAGAGUAAGGGAGCUCCUAAGAAAAACUCAAAAUUUAAGCAACGUAGAAGGUGUUCAAACUGUGGUGUGACAGCGCACUACAACAAAUGUUGUCCUAAUGUUCUUGGUAGAAUCCCAAAGGAGCCAGUAGACGAUGAUACAGAAAAAAUAUCAGCAGCCAUCUUGACAUCCUCACUAAGACAUGACAGUAUGAAAAAUCAGCAGAAGAUGGAAAAAGAUAGGAACAUUGGUGGUGGAAAAACACCAACCUCAGCAGCUAAAUCGACUUUUACAGAUCAAGUGAAAACAUCAAGUCCUGGUCCCGAUAUCCCAGUUUGUGCAUCUACAAGUAACGAAGAGUCCGGGAUGAGUUCCAGAACAACUGAAUCUCCUGUAGGAUGA